GUUAUUUGUUUCAGUUUCACACAGAAAAAGAAACGUGCGGAUGGACGGAACCAAUUUUUCAUCCCGUAUUUUCGGCCAACGGUGCCCAGGCCCUAAUGCGACUUCCGGUCAGAGACGGUGAUAACGGCAACUUCAUGCACGCUUGUCAAAUACAUUCCCACAACGUCAUUCCAUUAACACAUGGUGCUUUCGAAUUAACGAAAAUACUCGCAUGGGACGAAGAGAAUCAUUUGUUCUACGCAAUUGCCACGAAUGAGAACAGUCCAGGUGUGAGACAUUUGUUCAAAAUUGGCGACACUAAUUCGUCACAACCGUGGACAUGUAUGACAUGUCACGCUAACGUAAACUUUAAUCUGUCGAUGGACAUGGAAUACGACAACGAGACAACGUUUAAUAGCUCAAUGCUGGUAGAUUACGUGUGCAGUUACAACAAUGUGAUAUUUAGCCAAUCGUACCGAUAUUACGUCCAAGAGUGUUUGGGACCAGAAAUUCCGGUUCUAUUUUUGGUGGAAACGUUCACCAACACGCGAAUAGCAGUUCUAGAUUCAGCAGAAAAAUUAAGGAAGAAAAUUAAUGGAUUGGCUCCUCCACAAAUCAAAAAGUUCCAAGUUGAAGUUGAAGAGGGAUUCAAAGCUCAAGUUAGGAUGCUCCUUCCAGCCAUUUUACGGGACUACGAGGAAGUAGCGUUCCCUAUGAUCUUGAUUCUCGAUUCUAUUCCGGGUUCCCAAUCAAUAUCAGAAAAAUGGGACGUCUCAUNAGAUUCGUACUUCACGGAACGUUACAUGGGAUUACCAUCGGAAAAAUUGUUAGAAUACGAAAAAGUUGACUUGGCAAGAAGAUCAGCGAACUUGCUCGACAGAAAUUUUAUGCUAAUCCACGGUACAGCAGAUACAACUGUGAAAAAUCAACAUUCCAUUUUGUUUACGAAAUCCCUCAUCGAACAUGGAAUUUUGUUCCGACAAUUGAUUUAUCCCGAUGAAGAUCACGAUUUCAGUAAGAAAUCGCUCAUACAUAUGUACAAGCAAAUCGACCAGUUUUUUAACGAUUCUUUCGGUCCAAGUAUUGACGACUGGGAGGACUCAACUGGGUUUUUUAUACAAUAGUUUAUAAAUUUUUUAAUGCGGUUAAAAAA